UAGUGCCCCCUUCCGGAAGCUAUUCUAAUAAUAAUAUACAAUAAUGGUUGACCUAACUGACGCCGGCUCUCCGUUCCAGCAAUCCAUUCCCAAUCUCGCCUUCUAUGUACCGGCUGUUGUUGUGUUUACUCUGGCAGACGCGAACCGUUAAGGCUAGGUCCAACCUCCCACACCAGCAGCCACAGCCACAGAGACUAAGUGGGCCCAGAAGUGAAUUGAACAGAGAAUAUGGCAGAAGAUCCACUGAAUCAGCAGGCAUUCGCCCAGGAUGUGGAGGCGGCGGCGGCAGCCGGUGGCCCUGAUGGGUUCGCCGGUGCUGGGCCGGGCCAUCCCGACUUCAAAAUGCCCAGCGCCGAGGAAAUCUGGAAGCUGGUGGAGAGCAUGGAUGGCAUUUCGGAUGCAGAGCGCGACGAGCUGCGCGAGAGCAUAUUCAAUCCAAAGCCGCCAUCGCCGGAGGACUUUAUGCGCCAGUACGGACAGCCGGGCCACAGCUCACGGGAAUAUAUGAUAUUCUUUGUGAUGUUGGCCCUGAUUCUGCUCGUCUUUGCUCUCUUUGGCUACAAGCUGUACAAGUCGCUGACGGAGAAGGAGCUCAAGAAACAGGAGAAGCUGAAGACCAAGCAGCAGAAGAAGUCAAAGAAGUCGAACUGAACCACAGAAAAGACGCUGACAAACAAAUAGAUUCUUCCCAUGACUUUCCCAUCUGUUAAUCAAUAUACGAAGAGGUCCCCCCGCUCCCUGUAAAUGCAAAAAAUUAUCGCGUACCAGUAAACGUAAUAAAUUAAUUAUUACCACAUA